CGCUGCCAAUUGACAACGUUUGCUUACCGGAUUUACAAGCAUUUCCGUUGCAUGCCACACGAAAGUAAAAGCGCUUUCCACCGAGCCCGCCUUAUUCGACUCGCAGCCACAACAACUGCUGGCCUUCAAUCGCUGACCGCGCAUUAGAUACGUUUCGCCUGUGCUCCACGCAGGACGUCCUCCUCGGUUAACGCGCACGUAGCCGCAGUCGUCUGAAACACGUUGCAUAAACUGAAAAGCCCCAAGAUGUCACUGAUGCUGCAUUUGUUGUUGUUGCUGCUGCUGUUCGGUGAGGUGCCAGCAUUUGGACGCAAGGUGAAGCGCAAGGAUGCUCAUUACCAUCUGAAUGUGCCGCCGCCACCGCCGCCGGCGCCGCAGAAGAGCUCGGCAUCCACGCACACUGUGACCGUGGAGCACGAGCUGCCGCCGUACAGCUUCGAGGCCAUCAACCACGAUGAGUUUGCGGCGCCGACUCAUCCGCAGUACGAGAGUCCGCAUUACGAGAGUCCGCACUAUGAGAGCUCCGACUAUGCGUCGCACAGCAGCCAUAGCAGCCAUAGCAGCAGUCAUGCCGGCAGCAGUGGCGGCUAUCUGGUGGACAAUGGGCUGCGCAGCAUUGCCAAGGGCUCGGCGGAUCAGGCUAUCUCGGCCGUGGCCAGCCAGAAUGCGGCCGGCAAGCAGGCCUCAUAUGUGGCCAAGAGCACAUUGGCCCAGGCCGCUGCUCAGGCAGCGGGCACCGCUGUGGCCGUGCUCAAGGGCAAGGAGGUGCUGCUGCACCGCCUGGAGGAGCAGAGCGUCGAGGCGCACAAGUCUGUGGAGCGAGAGUUGACCCAGCUGCAGCAGGCCAAGCGCUCCGCCAAGGCCGCCCAGUAUGCCGCCCAGCAGGCCAUCAAUCACGUGAGCGUUCUGACCGCAGCACUCAACAAUGCCCAAGCCGCCUCGGAGCUGGCGCAGAAAGCCGCCGCUGAAGCAGCUGCCGAGCUGUCCUCACAGAUCGACAUGGUGGCCCAGGCCAAGGGCAAGCUGGAGCAGACCGAGUCGCAGGCCUAUGCAGCACGCUUGGACUACGAGGAGACACGCGAGGCGGCCGAGAAGGCGACCCUCUCCGCCCAGGAGGCGCAGCUCAAUGCCAACGAUGCGGCGCUGCACGCUAAUGUCGAGCUCAGCGAAGCGGUUCAUCUGCAUGACAAAAGCGAUCGCAAUGCGGAGCAGUCGGCAAGCUCGAGCGGUCAUAGGACACGCCCCCAGCAGGCCGCCUAACGGUUGUUUUCCACUUAGCUUAAGUUGCACUUAAAUAUUUAUUGUCUUUGUGCGGAGUCCGAAGAGUUACUUAAUAAAAGCAGCGAUCACUUUUUCUAGGUUA